AUGCAGCUCAACAAUGUCGUUAUCCCAUUCGAGCAUGAUAACGCAGCUUGGGACAUCACAGUUAUUGAUGGCGUUGUCGAGUCCAAGAUUCCUGCGGCAGACGCGUCAGGGCCAUCAAGUCUCCUGCUGCCUACACUCUGUCACCCUCACAUCCACCUGGACAAGGCAUAUUUGCUGACGGGCAACCGCGCCGCGUCCUCUGACCACCCUGGCUACUCCGACCUAGCCCCAACGUCUGGCACGUUUGAGGAGGCCCUUACCAAUACAUCCAAAGCCAAAUCUCGCUACACCGAAGCAGACCUCUACCUCCGCGGUUCUCAGCUCCUAGCGACAAGUUACAAGCAGGGGAUCACGUCCCUCCGGGCAUUCGUCGAAGUCGACCGCGUCACUGGUGUCGCACCUCUUGUCACAGCAGUCCGCCUGAAGAAGGAUUUCCGCCAUCUCAUCAACGUCCAGAUAUGCAUAUUCGCUCAAGACCCUUUAUUUUCCACUGCACACGGAACGAAAAAUCGUGAAGCAUUGGAAGUUGCUCUUGAGGAGUACAUUGACUCGAUUGACGCCCUCGGCACGACACCUUACGUCGAGGACAACGAUGAUGCCAGCGGUCGAAACAUUGCGUGGGCAGUGGCGACAGCGCUCCAACGUGACCUGCAUCUCGACUUUCAUAUUGAGUACAAUCUUGGCCAACCAGGCUCAGUGGACAUCGGCCACAUUCAGACCGCCAUUGAAUGCCUCGAGGGAUAUGCGUGGGCCACGAAAGCAGAUUGCAAGACCGUGGUUCUCGGCCACGCCACCAGGCUCACCGAGGUACCGCGGGAGAGACUCCAGCAGCUCGCUGAUAGGAUUCACACGUCCAAGUUGCCAGUCUACUUUGUCGGGCUGCCAUCGAGUGAUCUGUACAUGAUGGGACGUCCUGCGGGUAACGAUGACGCCAGUCAGGACUUUCAUCACCGUCGGCCCCGGGGAACGCUCCACGUCCCAUCGCUUAUCAAAGACUACCAAAUCAACGCCUGCCUCUCGGUGAACAAUGUUGGCAACGCCUUCACGCCGUAUGGUACUGGAGAUCCUCUAGCCCUGGCGUCACUUGGCGUGGGCCUGUAUCACGCUGGGUCAGUGGACGAUGCCCGACUUCUCUACGAGUGUGUCAGCACGAGGGCCGAGGCAGCAAUCGGUAUGCACCGGCAUCAGACAGACGAAGGGAAUCGGGCUGGAACAGUGGAACAAGGUAAAGACUGGCGCCCAUUGUUGCUCAUAGCACCCGAAGCCGAUCUCGAACUACCCUCCUCGUCAACGACGAACGGUGCAACAAAAUCUAUGACGAUUCCAUCCAGGCGCCGGCUCGGCAUCAAAGAUGUCGUCUGGGACCCGCCCGAAACGACAAUGCGCAGCAUCAUCUGA